UGGUACCUGUCGUUGAUGCAAUUAUAAUUCUGGCACUACUCCGGAAGUAGCAAGGGAAGCCCUAGUUUACUUCCAGACAAAUUACGGUCCCGUUGUCUCUUUUUUGGUUUAUGACAUUACCCAAGCGUAUUUUACUUACAUACCAGACAAUUUCCUUGCGGGAUAUCGAAUUCCAAAUGUUACAUUUCAAUGCAGCCACUCGCAAUCGGUAAAUUCGGGGCUGUUGACGUUCAGCGUUAACGCAUUCAACGACGAUCUUGGGCAGUGUGAUUUGACCGGAAAUGUAAAGUUUAAAGACUGUAACCUACGCCAGUUCUACGGGUCCGUAUUUAAAAACUGUGAUAAAUUGGAGAACAUUGCGUUCAUCAACAGCCAUGUCGACGGCCUCAUCGAUAUCCCAACGCUGGAAAGCUUGAGAAACUUAACUGUCUUUACCCCAACUUUUUGGACUGGAGCCACUCAUCAAGGUCUUUCACUAAUAACACUGGCCCCAGGCGCAUCUUUUCCUCUUCUUAACUAUCUGGAUCUUACCGGAAACAGUUUGAACGACGAUUCGAUUGAAUUCGUGUCUCAAUUAACUGUAAUUGAAGAGCUGCAUUUGGAAGGCAACAAUUUCGCCUCCGUACCCAAUUUAACCGAUUGUUUUAAUUUGCACACCUUCUCCAUGACGCUCAACCAGAGCUCGUCCGUGCCUAUUCUACUUCCCAAUCCAAGAUCACAGGUUCAGUCUCUAACAGCAACUUUGUAUUCAAAUGCUGAUGGCGUGAAUGAAGUAACUGCUCUUGAAGGAUUUUUUGUUAAUGACGUCAUCAACCUUCAAUUGAACAUGACCAAAUUUACAGCGGAAGUUUUCCUCGACCCUCUUGUCGAGUCAAGUGGCCUCAAUAUUAAUUUAAACCCAGCGUCAAGAAUUGAAUGCGGUUGUAGUAUUUCUUGGCUUGUGCGUGAUAAUCCUACUUUGCUGGCCCAAGUCCACUCCGGGACUUGCGCUGAUGGUCGGCCAUUUGAAUCCUACCCCUUGGAAGAUGUUUCUUGCUGUUCAACGGAAUCGUUGGUAAAUCUGAUUAGUCGUCAACGCCAAGAGAUUAACGACCUAAAAGCUCGUCUAUUAGCUGAGUAAUUUACGGACAAAACACGCCCUGGUCCAUCACUUUAACACAAAUCAAUCAAAAAUGUGCGUUGUGUAAAAGAAAUAAGCCCAGACGUCAAAGGCGCGCAGCAACAAUUAUCUGCAUUUCAGUAUAUUAUUAGAUCCCAACUUUUACCAUUACAAUAGAUGGGGAAAAUUAUCUAGAUGAUAGCGCAGUCUACUGCGCAAUUGAUCAAAUGUGUAAACAUUGUGAAGGAAUAAAUCUUUUUGACGUUGGCAAACAAACCACAGAAUGCAUGCUUGAAAUAAUACUGGCAGGGUACCUGAUGUGUAUCUGCUUUAACAUAUGUCAAAGCCAGAUUACUUUCAAAAACAUUUAUUUAAGCUUAUGUUCAUACGAAAGUUUAUUCUAGUUAUAUAUAUAGAUCUAGAUAUUGAAAACCUGGGAGGAAGAUGGGCAUAAAUAGAUCGACUUUCACGUUUGCAAGGCUAGUUCUGUUGAUUAUCUAGUUACGAUUUCUGCAUUUUCGAAUAAUUCCCAUUACCGAUAAUGACGCAAACCUUACUCCUCCUAUUUCUAGGGACGUUCCUAUUGACGACAGGUGUCAACUCGCAAAAUCCUACCUGCCCAACCACAGGCAAUCCGAGUUCUUAUUGCAGAUGCACCCCAGAAAGUCCUGGUUUUAAGAUUGACUGCGAUGCUACCUACGAGGAUCCCGAAUCAGUUAGAAGCUCGCUGAUGUUUUUCCAAUCCUACGGUCUCAUCGUUAGCUUAGCUGUAAAUGGUAUCGCACAGAACAAGUUCAGUUAUGUGCCAGACGAUUUCCUGGUGGGAAAUCAAAUCCCGAGCGUCAGUUUUAAAUGCAAUCACGGGUUCAACGUCAAUCAGGGAAUUUUGAUUUUCAGCGUCUACGCAUUCACCGACAGCUUUGGCGAAUGCGGAUUGACUGGCGAUUUGACAUUUUCCAAUUGCAAUCUCCGCCAAUUCGAUUCAGCCGUUUUGAAAAACUGCAGGCAAUUGAACAAACUGGCCUUUAUGGACAGCCACGUCGAGAGCCUCGUCGACAUACCGACAUUGGGAAGUUUAAAGAAUUUCACCGUUUAUUCCCCAAAACAAUGGACUGGCGCAACUCAGAGAGGUCUUUCACGGAUGACAUUAGCUCCAGGUGCCUCGCUUCCGCAAUUAACUUAUUUGGACCUUACUGGCAAUAGUCUCGAAGAUGAUUCGAUCGAAUUCGUGUCGGACGAAAAGACGAUCGAAGUGAUGCAUUUGGAAGGCAACAACUUUGCCGCUGUCCCCAAUUUGACUGGCUCUUUCAACCUGCACACAUUUUCAAUGGCAUUGAAUUCAAGCUCGUUGCUUUCUAUUCUUCUACCCAAUCCGAGAGACCAGUCGCGAUCCCUCAACGCGAGUUUUUAUUCCGGCUCUAAGGCAAUCAAUGAAGUAGCUCUUUUAGAAGGAAUGUUUGGUAACGAUAUCAUCAACCUUAAAUUAAACAUGACGGAAUUCAAAGAGGAAGUUUUUCUUGGCCCGCUUAGCGAAUCGAACGGUCUCGUCGUAAAUCUGAGCCCAGGUAAGGCAAAGAAUUUCAUUCUUGUUUUUCAAAAGCGGAUUAUGUCAAUAAACAAAUGUUCUGAUACACGGAUGAACCCGUUAGCUGCAAGGAUCUUAUGUGGCUGCUAUAUUGCAUGGCUCGUGCGUGAUAAUCCAUCCAUACUGCCUCAAGUUAACAACGGAAUUUGCACGGAUGGACGUCCCUUCGAAUCGAUUCCGUUAGAAGAUUUCUCGUGUUGUGGGCCAGAGUCCCUGAUGAGACGGAUUGGCCGUCAGCAACAAGAAAUUGAUAGACUCAACGCUAGAAUAAAUCAGCUAACACAGUCAGGAACUUUUUCUCUAGAUCAAUUUUAAAGUUGAUUAAAAUUUUUUUUACUGUCUUAAAAUACAACGUAG